CAAUUAUAGUUAUUGUGCAUCAUAAAUAUAAUCUUGGUACUUAUAGGUAUUCAGUAUUUUGAUAACACUGCACUAUAAAACAGAAUAAAUUUUGGAAGUAGUCAUCAUUUUGAUCAGAUUCUAAAUCGCAUAAAAAAUGAAAUUCCUCGUCGCCUUCGUUGCCGUCCUCGCCGUGACCGUGGCCAGCCCUCUGGGCAAGCCCAUCAACGCUGACGACGCUCAAGUGGCCGCCAUCAUCGCUGCCAUCCAGAGCCCCAGCACCGACCCCGCCACCGCCGCCCUUCUCCAACAACAACUGCUCGAAAUCAUCUCCGCCACCAGCCCCGUCGCUGUCGGCCCCGUCAUCGUCGACCAACCCACCCCCAUCGCCGUCGGGCCCGCCAUCGUCGAACAGCCAUCCCCUGUCGCUGUUGGCCCCGCCAUCGUGCCUUCCCCCAUCGCUGUUGGACCCGCCAUCGUCGACUUCCCCGUUGCACCUUCCCCCGUCGUUUUGCCCAGCCCCGUCGUUGUGCCCAGCCCCGUCGCCGUCAUCGACAACCCCUCUGCCGUCCCCGAGUCCAGCGCCGCCCUCGUUCAGAUCAUCCUGAACAUCAACCAAGCCGCGUCUGCCCCUGUGCCCCCUGCGGUUGUCGAAUCCCCCAUCGCUGUCGACCCCGUCGUCAUUGUUGACCAUGCUCCCAUUGACCCCUCCCCCGUGAUCGUGGCCCCCGUGCCCGUUGACCCCGUCAUUGUCGCCCCCGUGCCCGUUGACCCCGUGAUCGUCGCCCCUGGCCCCGUCGCCCCCGUGGAGCCCGUCCUCGUGGGAACCCCCAUUAUCCCCGAGCCAGUCAUCGUGCCUGAGCCCGUCGUGGUGGGAACCCCUGUGAUCCCCACCCCCGUGAUCACCCUCCCCGAGACCCUCAACUAAGGUCUUAAUUAGGAGUAUAUAGACACCAGCAGUAUAAAAAACCACAUUUGAAAGACACCAGGGCACUCUAACAGGACGUUGAGCUUUCUGGAUUUGUUAGACCCGAAGAUACACAUAUAUAUUGUGUCUAUUAACACGUCUAGAAUAACUACAAUAAAUUAAGUACAAUACAUA